AUGUCGGAAGAUGUGGAUGAUAACACUACAAGGUUAUGGACAAUGGAAUUUGACGGGAGUUGUGCAUCUGCUGGAUCCGGCGCUGGAGUGGUACUUAUUUCUCCACGGGGUGAGAAUUUUCCUUUUUCAUUAAAGUUGGAGUUUAAAAUUACAAAUAAUACCACACAAUAUGAGGCAUUGUUGCCAGGAAUUGAACAAGCCAAGAAGAAAGGGAUUAAACUAUUGUGUGCUAAAGGUGAUCCAAAAUUGAUUGUUAAUCAAGUACGCAAUCAUUAUUCUGUAAAAAAUGAGAGGCUCAAGCAUUAUAGAAAUAGAAUUUGGGAUGAAAUUGAGUAUUUUGAUGCAUUUUCAAUAGCAGCUAUUCCCAGAAGUCAAAAUUCUCGCUCAGAUUCCCUAGCGGUAUCAGCAUCAUUACUACUUCCACAUCCAGAUUUUGGUACAGAUGUUUACAGAAUUGAAGUAGUUUAUCACCCAAACAUCCCUGAUAAUUCUAAUUUUUGGCAAGUGUUUGAAGAUGAUAAGCAUAUUGAUAAGUUCUUACAAAAUGCUGCUAUGUUUGCUUCUUCGUAUUUUGAAGGUUCAGAAAACCAAUGUAAUGAAUUUUGUCCAGAUGAGAAGGGAAGCUUUAGAGAGGGAGUAGUUCAGCUUAAGGGAAAUCGAAUUCCAAAAGGAUUGGUGACUUUAGAGAACCCGUUCGAUCCUAACGACAAGUCUAUAAGAAGAACUAAUUCCCACGAUGCUUAUACAUGA